AUGGAUAUGUCUAGUAGUGACAAGAAAUUGCUUGCUAACUCGAUUUAUGACAUGUUUAGUUUCGCAUAUGAUAGUUACUUAAAAUAUGGGUUCCCUUAUGAUGAACUAAACCCGAUUGACUGCGUUGGCCGUGGUUAUGAUCACGAAAAUCCUGAUAAUAUAAAUGUGAACGAUGCUCUUGGUGACUAUCUACUUACGCUUAUAGACUCUCUCGAUACAUUGGCAAUCAUGGGCAAAACCGAAGAUUUUAGAAAUGCAGUUAGUUUAGUAAUAAAACACCUUUCGUUUAAUCAAAAGACAAGGGUUCAAGUUUUCGAAGCAACUAUUAGAGUUCUAGGAGGUCUUUUAUCAGCACAUAUAAUCAUUACAGACCCAACUGAGUCAUUUGGCCAUCUGCGACCACCGGGAUAUGAUGAUGAAUUACUGAACCAUGCACAUAAUCUAGCGAACCGGAUGCUGAACGCUCUUUACGACACACCAACUGGGAUACCUUACCCCAGAUUUCACCUAGAUUCUGGCCUGAAAGAUAAUACAACAACUGAAAACUGCCUUGCUGGUGCUGGCUCCUUAUUACUAGAAUUCGGCUCCUUAAGUGCAUUACUCAAUGAUUCUAGUUACGCUUCGAUAGCUCGCCGCAUUGUUUUAAAUCUAUGGAAAAAGCGUUCAAGUGUUUCUGGACUUUUCGGCUCAACAAUCAAUGUGGAUUCAGGUGAAUGGAUAAAUCGAAUGAGUGGUCUCGGUGCUGGACAAGAUUCAUUUUUUGAAUAUUUACAUAAAGCAUAUAUUCUAUUUGGUGAUAAUCAAUUGGGGCAAAUGUUCAAUGAGGCAUUAAGUAGUAUUCAACAUCAUUUACGUACUGGUCGACCUCAAUGUUUAUCUGGUAGUGGUUCGCCACCAAUCUAUUGGAAUGUUGAUAUGUCUUCUGGUAAUAAAGUCAAUCAUUGGAUAGAUACAUUACAGUCAGCCUGGUCUGGUGUAUUAGUUCUUCAUGGUGAUCUAAAUGAAGCAAUUUGUCAUCAUGCUGUACAUUAUUUCAUUUGGAAAAUUUAUGGUUUACCUCCAGAACGUUAUAAUAUUAUGACUGAGAAACCCGAACUGUACUUCUAUCCACUUCGUCCAGAAUUUGCUGAAUCGACAUACCUUUUAUAUAGAGCGACGAAACAUCCUUUUUAUUUACAUGUUGGCAAAGAUAUUAUGGAUGGUAUCAAUAAAUAUACUAAGGCCGAGUAAGUUUCAAAUAUGUGGUUAGUAACUGUUUGUCACAUAAGUUUAACUAUAGGACUUGAGAAAUAGACUAUUGUAAUGAGACUGGAACUGAACUAUAUUAUAUCUUGAUGCCAGAAAGAAGACAAACAUUGCUGAAAGAUAAGGAACUAUUUGUCUGUUAACAAUUAAAAACGUUCUUUUAUCUUACCGAUACACUCAUAUGCGAAUAACAUAUAUUAACUACUUGUCAACAAAAUUCGGACUGAUUCGGUGCAAAUGAGAUAUCGUACUCGAUUUUGUAAAACCAUAAGCCACGCUAAAUUAUGCACAUUGAAAUGUUAUACAGAAAUAGUAGUAUCCUCAAGAAAAUAUCACUACUUGAUGUCGCACUUGGCGGCCCCCUUAACACUUAUCUACUCUAAUUUGAUUUUGUAGAGGAUUCUUUCUAAUUCGAAGGACAAAAGAUGACAUUUGGUGUACAAAUUAAGUUGUCAGACACAUGUACGAAUAGCAAACAGACUUACUUUGGACACUACUAUUUGAUUGCAUCUCCAGUCAUUACUUCAUUGCCUUGUUAAUUAGACCUUUAGCUCAAUGGCUUGUCACCUAAGACAACUGAUAUAACGUUAAGUUAGUGUGAUAAAUAAUUUGACACAAACGGACUAAGUAAGCAAGAAUGAGACACGCCUUAAUCAAUAACUUAGCGUAUUCGACUCAGUAUAGAUUGAUCGACAAAAAAUAUGCAUAGAAUACAACACAAAAAAAUAAGGUACUAUAUAUACAUCAUGUGUGUCAGUCCUACGAUGUGACUAAGGAUAUAGUGAUAUAUUUAUUUGACUAAUAGAAAUACCAUCCGACCAACUCGAAUCUGUUAGGUUCAACGUGUACACGAGAAAUUAUCUACCUUAUUUUCGGUUGUUUGUAUAGUAUCCUAGCCCUAACACACAUAAUGAUUAUACUAAUGAGGACAAUGAACUGCUUGUCAUGUGCACUCACCCUAUCUGUUUACGGUUACUUGUAAAUUAUCAGUUCAAUAUUAUCAUGCUACAACAACUUAAUAUUAUACUUCAUAGUUCCAGUCGUUUAUAGAAUAAGCUUAGGUAACUGUUAAAAACUAGGGAGUACUUAACAGCCGUUUUAUUCUAGUAUGAAACUUCUGAUUGGUAGAAGUCUAAAACAUCACCUGCGAUCGAACCCAGGAUAUCCGGGUUGUGGGGUGAGUACUUAACCUUUAAGCAUCCGUGUUGGCGUCCAAUCAUUUACAUUUUAAAUAUCAGUCAAUUCGCAAUAUUGUAGACCAUUCUCUGAUGCCGUUGGUGGAUAAGUAGCUUGCACCCGACAUGGUUGAAUUCUACUUCUCACUCGAAUUUCAAGAAAUCACCUCUUGAAGAUAGUCACUAAUGGAUACAUUAUGUUACUAUUAUAUUAUAAUACUGUAUAAUAAUAUAAUGUGCUUGCUUUGUUUCCCAGAUGUGGAUUUGCAACUAUUCAUAAUGUAAUUGAUAAAUCUAAAGAAGAUCGUAUGGAAAGCUUUUUUCUAAGUGAAACAUUGAAGUACUUAUAUUUGGUAAGUUCAAUAAUACGGCUACUUACUUACGCCUGUUACUCC